AUGGGUGCUGCAGUAGCAAAAAGUGUUGUGGCUACACAGGGACUAAAACACUGUACACUUUGGAAGGCAGACCGCAGCCCAGCAUGCAGAGCCGUCAUGAUGGCACUCGACAGCAUGAAUCUUAGCAUAACAGAAGUGGACGUCAAUAUGGAUAAGGGAGAGCAUAGAGGACCUGAUAUAGCUGCUUUAAAUCCGCUUCUAACUCUACCUGUAUUCAAGGACAGAGAACUGGUACUCGCCGAUAGCCAUGCGAUUUGCACAUAUCUAGCGAGUCGUUACUGCGACUCGAACCAUAUACUGCCUCAGGAUCCCGGAGGUCGGUCAAUAAUUGAUCAGCACUUGCAUUACAAUAGCAGCAUACUCUAUCCUAGGUUUCGCGCUGCUGCUUACCCAAUUUUAUAUGAAAACUGUCACUUUGUGAUGCCUCAACAAAUCAUAGACAUUGAAGCCGCCUACGCCGACUUGGACGCCAUGUUAGCUGGACGCGAGUGGUUUGGUGGCACCUGGGUUACACUGAGUGAUAUAGUGUUUUCUUCCACAAUCAGCACAUUGAAUGUACUUGUACCAGUCGAUAAACAAAAGUUUCCACGACUAGAAAACUGGCUUCAGCGGGUGUCAGAGGAGCUGUUUUAUGUCACUGCAAACAAGAAAGGGCUCGGUGAAUUUGCGCGAAAGAUAGAUACCGGCUGUAAUGACGAGAAUGAGUUCACGUGUCCACGCAGUUCUGUGAGAAGACGCACCCUUGCAAAAGACGAUUAUGUCAAAUAG